UUCAUGCAAAAAUAGGUCAUUUCUCAAACAAAUUCCAGCUGAAUAACCAUUGACAUCCCUAAUUCCAAUUCCAAUUCCAAUUCCAAUUUCAUACAAUAAUUGUCUACUGUAAUUCAUAGAUGAAACCUUAGAGACGACGACGACGCUAGAAGAUGGUUCUUGACGCAGUGCAGCACACAAUUUUCAUCAAUUAGCACUGCCUCAAUCUCCGUCUUCCAUUUCUCACUCUCUCUCACUUCACUCUCGCACACAAUUCGAGACAAUCGUAACCAUUUUUCACACACUCCGAUGGAGCAAAAACAGAAAGGUCCUCUUCCUCUCAACUUGGACGCGCUUGUCGACAAUACGCCGGCGGCGGAGCUUGUCGUCAAGCCGUCUGUUACGGUGGUUCCCGAUCAGGAGCCGGCUCCGUUCAUAGACGGCCUCGACCGCCUCAGAGAUUACGAGCUCGAAGAACACAUUAAGAGAAAGAAGAAUCUUCUUGAAACCUCCGGUAAGAAGUUGCCGGAUAAAGGUGCGAAACUUCGCGCUACUAUCAAGAGCUACGAAGAUGAGGUUCAUCGCCGGAAAGUUAACCCUCGUCCUCAGGUUCAGAAAGUUAUUGAUGUGGACCAGAAGCCAAGACAGGCUACAAGCUCAAGUGCUGUUGGUGUAUCUAAUUACUCGAGACAAGAGAAUUUGCCAUUUCGUCCACAGUCAGAAGCCUCUUUAGCAUCUAAUAUUAUGAAUAAAAGAGACAAUAAUACUAAUUGUACAGAUGUUGAUGCAUUUAGCAACGAGAUGCCACAUUUCAAGCAUUGCAACAACCAGACAGUACGACUCAACAGAGAACCUAAAAGAAGAAAGAGACAUCGAUCAUCUACAAGAAAAUUGCCUUAUCAAUGCCCUAACAAACUUUCCAAACGUGAUACUUUUAAUGAUAAUAAAAGGUUCCGAUCGAAUUCCACCUUAUCCUUACAGAACAUUGCAAGGAAUCUACAAAGACAGAUUUCGAAAGAUAAGGGUGCAUUUCAGACAAGUCAGUCAGAUGGCUCAAGGUCCAGGAAGGGUCAAGUUCAACCCAUUGUUCUUGAUGUGGACGACGACGAUGAAGACGACAUUGAAGACGACGAAGAUGACAGCGAAGAUCCUCAUAUUCUGGAUAAAACAGAAAAUAAAGUUCCUGAAUAUUUGAAAGAAGCUAAGGUUUAUUUUCCAUCACGAGAUGAUCCCGAGUGUGUUGAAAUUUGUUACAAUGACAUGGAAUGCCUUGCUCCUGAAGGCUACUUAACAUCAACUAUCAUGAACUUUUACAUACGAUAUUUGCAGCAGCAAGUAUCUCUGACAACAUCUGACUGCCAUUUUUUCAACACAUAUUUCUACAAGAAACUUAAAGAAGCCGUCUCCUGCAAGGAAAGCAACAGAGAGACAAUUUUUUCCAAGUUCAGAAGGUGGUGGAAGGGUGUAAAUCUUUUUGAGAAGGCAUAUGUUUUGAUUCCAAUACACCAGGAUCUUCAUUGGAGUUUGAUCAUUAUUUGUAUCCCGGACAAAGAUGAUGAAUCAGGACCGAUCAUACUUCAUUUGGAUUCUUUGGGUCUUCACUCGAGUCGAUCAGUUUUUGAUAAUAUUAAAAGAUAUUUGAUUGAAGAAAAGAACUAUUUGAGUCGAGAAUGCGCGUCUUCAGAUGUUCCGAUGGCAGACAGAAUAUGGAAGAGUCUUUCUCGUAGAAUUGAAACUCAAGUCAUAGCCGUUCCCCAACAGAAGAAUGAGUAUGACUGUGGUCUUUUUGUACUGUAUUUCAUUGAGCGUUUCAUAGGAGAGGCACCUGAAAGACUGAAAAAGAAAGAUUUAACAAAUAAUCAAAGGUUUGGCAAGCGAUGGUUCAAACCUGAAGAGGCAUCCAGUUUGAGAGUGAAAAUCCACAAGUUGCUUGUAGCAGAACUACGUAAUUCAAUCAAGCCUGAUGGCAUCACAGAAUCUUCUCCGUCAUCUCCUGGAGCUGCAACUGAAUGCGUUGAGACUGCCAAGGCAGAAUCAUCUCUGUCAUCUGCUGGCGCUGCAACUGAAUGCGUUGAGACUGCCAAGACAGAAUCUUCUCCAUCAUCUGCUGGCGCUGCAACUGAAUGUGUUGAGACUGCCAAGACAGAAUCUUCUCCGUCAUCUGCUGGCGCUGCAAUCGAAUGUGUUGAGAUUGCCAAGACAGAAUCUUCGCUGUCAUCUGCUGGUGUUGCAACUGAAUGUGUUGAGACUGCCAAGGACUCUUCGAUCGAAGAUGGCAUCAUGAGUUGCAAUUCUGACAUAAUUGAAUGAACAACUUGUCGAUAGUCCGUAUAGUUGAUGUUGGUGCUUUUUACCAUGUACAGACACCGGCUGAAUAACCGGUAGUUUUGGGUAGGAAGUUUCCUAUGGUUUGAUAAAACAGUCCAUACAAGAAAGGGGGGAUGGCAUUUUGUUAUGACCAAAUAUCGGUCAAACCUGUCCAGUUUCAAACCAUUUCUUGUGAGUUAGGAGUUCCUUCUAAAUGUAUAGGAAACAGUACACAGAACUGACGACUAGAGAUAAUAGGAUUAAAUGUGAAUCUGCGAGAAUUAUGUACUUACAAUAACUGAUCUUUUAUGAUUUCAAUUUUAGUUGUCUUAAUUUCAACAUGGCAUUUGGAGUUUA